ACCAACCGGAACCAACACAUCGGCCAUUGAGGAGGAUAAGUUGAAGACAUCAGAGCUAAAGGCGGCUAGUCCGAAAGAAGACAAUCCUUUAUUUUCAAUAUAUCGUUACCAGCCGGGUUCGUGCGGCUUCAUGCUCCGUCACAGCGGAGGCGUUUGAUUCUGUCGCCGGGGCGUCGGGCCACAGAGAGUGGGGGGAAGAUGCCAUCUUUUUCAUGGAGGGUUUGCCCUGCAUUCGUGCUGCUUCUCAUCCCUUCCAUCGUGGCUGCUGAGGAGUCGUCACUACUGGAUGGCUGGCACGAUGUUUGGAUCUUGCGCUUCCUUGUCAACGUUCUGGGAUACUCCACCAUCAUCAUCCCCGGCUACUUCCUCAUUAGCUACUUCAAGCGCACCAAUUACUUGGAAACAGGUAAUGGGUUUUGUUUCCCUCUCAUAAAGACCUGUGUGUUUGGCAGUGAGGCCAAAACAGGUCUGUUGGAUGACGUGUCACUUGCACCCAGGAACGAGGGUGAAUCCGGCUCGUCGGUCAGACAGGUCGUCAAAUUAAUCUUCUGUGCUGCCGGACUUCAGGUAUCGUACCUGACAUGGGGAGUCCUGCAAGAGAGGGUGAUGACGCGUUCCUACGGAGCCACGACUCCAGAAGACGAGGGCGAGAAAUUCAAGGACUCUCAGUUCUUGGUCUUCAUGAACCGUAUCCUGGCCCUGACCGUGUCGGGCCUGUGGUGCCUCAUGUUCAAGCAGCCUCGCCACGGAGCACCCAUGUACAAGUACUCCUUCGCCUCGCUCUCCAACAUCAUGAGCAGCUGGUGCCAGUACGAGGCCCUCAAGUACAUAAGCUUCCCCACUCAAGUCCUGGCCAAGGCCUCCAAGGUCAUCCCCGUCAUGCUCAUGGGUAAGCUCGUCUCCCACAAGAGCUACGAGUACUGGGAGUACUUUACCGCCGUGCUGAUCUCAAUGGGUGUCAGCAUGUUCCUGCUGUCCAGCACGCCCAGCAAGCACCCGUCCACCGUCACCACCUUCAGCGGGGUCGUCAUCCUCAUCGGCUACAUCGUCUUCGACAGCUUCACCUCCAACUGGCAGGACAACCUGUUCAAGUACAAAAUGUCGGCGGUGCAGAUGAUGUUCGGGGUGAACCUGUUCUCCUGCCUCUUCACCGUCGGCUCGCUGCUUGAGCAGGGGGCGUUUUUCGACUCGGUGGCUUUCAUGAUGCGCCACUCCGAGUUCGCCUUUCAUGCCGUGUUGCUGUCCGUGUGCUCGGCGUGCGGCCAGCUCUUCAUCUUCUACACCAUCAACCAGUUUGGUGCCGCAGUCUUCACCAUCAUUAUGACCCUGCGGCAAGCUAUCGCCAUCCUCCUCUCUUGUUUCCUGUACGGUCACGCCGUUACCAUAGUGGGUGGAUUUGGCAUCGCGGUAGUUUUCUUGGCACUUUUCUUACGGGUGUACGCACGUAGCCGCAUGAAGUCGGGUCGGCGGUCAACACUGCCGCCCCCACAGAAGGUGUAGCACGCUGAAGUCGCACCAAACUGGGAACUGAGACCACGUUUUCUGUGGAGCUUUUUGUCUAUUUUGUGUGUAUCGGGUUGGUUUGUUUGUUUUUUACUGUUCGUUUCCAUUUGUUUUUUUAUUUUUCUUAGCAAUGGUACAGAAAGGGAUUUUUGAAGUUUUGACACUUACACCAAGAUGCCCCCAAGGGGUCCAUGUGAUUUGUCACGUCAGCAGUCACAGAAGUUUUUGAGUGCCUGUAAGAUUGUCUUAUACACGAGUCCCAGACCAUAGACUUUGCAAACUGCCUCUUCACCAAUUUCACACUUAAAACGGUAGAAUAUUUUUUCCUAAACCCACCGUACGUGGCUUGUGCAGCCAAACGAACAAAUUCUGAAAAAAUGUUGGAGAUGUACGGCUAAGCCUUCAUUUUCAAACAUGAAUGACUCAAAAGGACUAGUGUGUCGGAUUUAGGGGGAUCUACUGCCAGAAAUGGAGCAUGAUAUUCAAUAUUAUGUUUCCAAUAUGUGUAAAAGAAUCGUUGUUUUUCCCGUUAGCUUACAAUGAGCCAUUCAUAUCAACAUAGGGAGCGGGUCCUCAUUCACAGAGCCCGCCGUGUGUUUCUACCGUAGCCAAGAACAGACCAAACACUGGCUCUGGAGACGGCCUUUCGUGGCAGCUUGAAUUACAACUUCACUAGAUUACACUAAACCCUGCACACGGGUCCUUUUUCAACUUUAUCCCAAGUAUUUGAACAAGAGUUCAGUAACGCUGAAACUUUCUACUUGUUGAGUUACAACAGCCAGAUGCUUAUCUCAGUCCUCCGUGUUGGAGAGCAGGGAUCUUUAUGUGGGAUUUAUACCUUGUAAAGCUGUAAACAUAGCCUGAAAACAUGGUGCACACAUUACUGUUUAAUUUAAGCUAUAUUAACAUGUUAUAGAGGCUGGUAAACAACAGUUUGUGUAAUAAAGAGCGCACUUCUUAUAAAUUGUAUCAUUUGACCCCGACAUCAGUGAACCAAAUGCCGCUUGUGGGUACUUUUUGCACGGUGUUAUUUUACGGAAAACCUUUUUUUUGUUGUUGUCCUCUCAACACAGAUUCUACUUAAUAUUUUAACUUUGGGCUAAAAAGUCUUGUAAAUAUAUCUCUUAGUCAUUGUUUAUUUCCAACUUGUCUGUCGUGUGCUUUUGUAAAAGGACUGCUUCAUGGGUUUUCACCGUCACAUGUGAAUGUUUGGAAGAACACUGAGUGGAUGAUGAUGAUGAAGAUGAGGAUCAUUGCUGUCAUAAGGAGGUGAAGAUGAUGUUGGCCCAGGGGGAGUUUGCAGAACAGAAUGCAUACAAGGGAAGUGCAAUUUUACUGUUACCUUGUUUUUAUCAUUCUAUUUCCUCUGGUAACUGAAUUAAUAAUAAAACAUAUUAAAUUAACACUA